AUGGAGAAACCCGUCAGUGACAUAAUUAAGGGGGAUAGUGUCACUGAUGGUCCGUACGUUGACUCCAUCCAGCCCUAUUUUAGCUACAUUCCAAUUUCUCCCUCGCAAAUCUUCACAUCUCUCAUCAUGACAUCAUUAUAUCGUGAACUACAAGAUGUAAAUGUAAUCGUCUCACCCGGUCUUCAGCCUGAUGUACGCUUGAAAGUGUUCGAUAGGUGGCAAUUUCACGUCCAUUCGGUGAUCCUCAAGCUCUACUCAGCCUUCUUCCGUAAAUUUCUGGAUCCUUCAAACAGAGAUGCGUCCGCGGGAGCGACAUCGUUCUCGCAGUUCAAGUACGAGUGGGUGACGGAAAUUGAUGAUGAUGGCAUGGGAUGGCAUCUCGUAUCGGAGGGGUCGAGAACAAAAGAGCUUAACAUGUUGGAUUAUAUGACUGGACACCAAGCAUCCGUUGAUUUUACUGCCAGCGUUCUCAAUAAGCUACUUGGAGCUUUGUAUCUCGAACCGUACUCGCUGACUACAGCGGCUGAAUUGAACGCGCUUGCAGAGCUAGCCGAUUAUUAUUGCAUGUUACGCGUAGUAUCUCGGACAUUAGAUGGGGUACUGUCUAGCAGCAGUGAUAUUAUCCGCUCUAUGAGAUCAGGUAGUGGCAAAACAGCACGUCUGUUGCUUCCCGCAGCUGCAAAAUUGAGGCAUCGGCCAUUAUUCAGCGAUUGUAUUCUACUGAGUAUUGGUAGGUGGUGUGAAUCAAGUCACAUAGAUCUCAGAGACCCAGGAUUUGGGGAACUCGUGACGGUUGUUCGCAAUAGAAUUGCUUUCAAGGUCUCCAAGGCUUUGGGGAAUAUUAUCUCUCUUUCCCUCACAUCACAAGAUGAAGACGAGGAGGAAGGAUCUCUGAUCAUGGAAGUCGCUAAAGACUUGAUCAAUUGCAAUUACAACACUCAGGUCCCUGGAAGCUCAGAAGUAUGUCUUCCACAGUACAUCAAGGCAGUCAGUCAGUUACGGUACAGGGCUCCGCAUCGCUUUAUGUUUAGAGCGGCAUGUUUUGAGGUAUUGUUAAACAAGCUGUAUAUAUCUCCUAACGUCGAUUUUCAUUUCACCUGCGAUGGUAUUAGUGAGGGCUUUCUAUGUGACACUGUCAAGGACGAAGAAUUGCCAUGGAAUGUCGAGGAGAUGGAUUGGUAA